AUGGGGGACUGGAACUUCCUUGGGGGAAUUUUGGAGGAGGUGCAUAUCCACUCCACUAUGGUAGGCAAGAUCUGGCUCACCAUCCUGUUCAUCUUUCGUAUGCUGGUCCUCGGGGUGGCAGCAGAGGAUGUGUGGAAUGAUGAGCAGGCUGACUUCAUAUGCAACACUGAGCAGCCUGGAUGCAGAAACGUAUGCUACGACCUGGCCUUCCCAAUCUCCCUCAUCCGCUACUGGGUGCUGCAGGUCAUUUUUGUGUCUUCUCCCUCAUUGGUUUACAUGGGCCAUGCUCUCUACAGGCUCCGUGCCCUGGAGAAGGCACGGCAGAAGAAGAAGGCACUGCUGAGGAAGGAACUAGAGAUGGUUGAUGUGGAGCUGGCAGAAGCCAGGAAAAGGAUUGAGCGGGAGAUGAAACAGCUCGAUCAGGGGAAGCUCAACAAAGCUCCCCUGAGGGGCUCUCUGCUCCGUACAUAUGUGGCUCACAUCGUAACCCGCUCUGUUGUUGAAGUGGCCUUCAUGACAGGCCAGUAUCUCCUUUACGGCUUUCACCUUUACCCGCUCUUUAAGUGUGAGCGGGAUCCUUGUCCAAAUGCGGUGGACUGCUAUGUUUCCAGACCAACAGAGAAAAGUGUCUUCAUGGUGUUCAUGCAAUGCAUAGCUGCAAUCUCUCUCUUCCUAAACAUCUUGGAGAUCAUGCAUCUGGGUUACAAGAAGAUUAAAAAGACCAUCUUGGACUUCUACCCUCACUUGAGAGACGAGAGAGAUGAACUUGAUGACUACUAUGCCAACAAAUAUAAAAAAGAAUCCGUUGUGCAAAUAUGCACCAGUGCAGCCCGAAAGGCAACAAUUGCCUCUGCACCCAGUGACUACAACUUCCUGAUGGAGACUGCGCAGGGCACAAUGAUGUACCCAAACCUUAUCAAAUCUUCAACUUUUCUACCUCUCCAGGGUGAGCAGGCCACUCAGCAGGAUGUGGAUGAUUGCAGAUGUUCAGCUCAAAGCCCCCCAGGGUGUAACUGCACCUCGCCUACCAAUGAGCCCUGCUCACCGUGCUGUGACUCCCUGAUCAAUCCAAAGCAGGAGACCGAGGACUUUUUACAUCUUCCCCCAGACAGUGAGGAAAACAGCAGUGAAAGAAGGAGCCCAGACUCUCCAAAAUGCCCACAGAAGGCAGCUCAUGUUUCCUCCUACCCCACACUGCCGGUAAGCGCAUUAAGGAAACCGUGGAUGGCUCAUGGCUCAUUCAAAUGCUCCACAGUGCUAGAGGGUAAAAGCUCUGACACAGAUUCAUAUGGGGGUGCAAAAGGCAGUAGCGGACCUCCCUCCAGUCGAACUCAGUCAAAAUCAGAUGACAAACAUCAAAGGCGGCCCUCCACCCCAGAUUCACUGGAUGACUCCAGCUCAGGAUCCAGGCACAACCCAAGAUCACCUUCCUCCAGCUGCAAAACAUCAGUGGCAAGUAACAUGAGCAGCAGACGAGCUCCGGACCUACAAAUCUAA